GAGAAAUUAGCCUGAAUCAAUACUGGAAAUGCAAGUAAACAAGAUUGUUAUACGGGAACUUUAACAAGAUGCGCGGUAGUUUGGGAUUGUGAGGUUUGCUGAUGAGUGCAUCAAAAAAAGGCAAAGAUUCUACUUGCAGCGACGAAGUAGGGGCGGCUGUCGCUCAGGCACAGGCGAAUGUACCGUCUGGAAAGCCUAAUUCUGGUGAGGCCCCGUCCGGGGAGUCUGGCCAAACGAAGAGAAAAUCAAAGUCAGAACGAAGAGCAGAGCAGAAAGCAGCUAGAGAAGUCAAAAAAGCUUCGAAGUCUGUAGCUAAGGAACCUGCAGCAGCAGACAAGAAGCAGAAGACGACACUGGAAGGAAGUAAUGCACCAAAGAGAGUGCCUUCAAACAUACAAGUGGAUGACAAGAAGCAGCAGGCCAAAGUUGCGAAAAAACUGGCAAAGCAACAGGCACCGCCUAGAACCGAGGUACAGAAGCAGGUGAAAAUGUUCUCUCAUCUUCAUCAAUUCAAACGAGAAGUCUCACUCACGGCUCAUCUCAGUUUUGCAUCCGGUGGAAUUCAUCCUGCCAUAUUGAAGCUUGGCUUGCAGUAUGCUGAUGGCAAAAUUUGUGGAUCCAACGCAAGAUGUUUCGGUCUUCUCGGUGCUUUCCAACAAGUUGUGAAAGACUACGAGACACCAGUGGACAAGGCGUUGUCUAGAGAUCUGGAUAAUAAGAUCAAGCCAUACAUAACAUUUCUAUCACAGUGCCGGCCACUAUCUGUAGGCAUGGGGAAUGCCAUAAAACAGCUGAAAUUGAUGAUAACACAAAUACCACUAGACAUGCCAGAGGAAAAGGCUAAAGCGCAACUACAGGACACUAUUGAUCGCUACAUGCACGAGAAAAUUGUUCUGGCAGACAAGGCGAUUUCUCAGACUUACGCUCAGACGAAGAUUAGCGACGGAGACGUGAUACUUACGUUUGCGUGUUCGUCGAUUGUGAUUAAAGUGUUGAAGGAUGCUCACAAUGCAAGGAAGAAGUUUAGAGUAAUUGUUGUGGAUUCACGGCCCAAGAUGGAAGGUCGGGAAUGUAUGAGACGACUCGUACAACACGGAAUACCGUGUUCGUAUAUCUUGCUCAAUGCUUUGUCUUACGUGAUGAAGGAGGUUUCCAAAGUGUUCCUCGGUGCACAUGCUCUCCUUGCAAACGGCUACGUGAUGUCACGUGUUGGAACAUCUAUGGUCGCCCUAGUGGCCAGCUCCUACAACGUACCCGUCCUAGUCUGCUGUGAAACAUACAAAUGUUGUGACCGAGUUCAGACAGACUCGUUUGUUUUCAACGAACUAGGUGAUCCCGAAGACCUAGCCGGUUCCCGGUCGAAAGGCAAGAGUUGUGGACUGGAAGACUGGCGCGACAUCCAACAACUCAAUGUACUGAAUUUAGUCUACGACGUUACUCCGCCAGAUUUUAUCACCAUGGUGAUCACCGAAGUUGGUAUGAUCCCAUGCACUUCCGUACCUGUAGUGCUAAGAGUCAAAUCAUGCACACCAUAAUGACCACACACACAGUAGCUUUGUUUAUAAUACAAAUUUAGAGGUAA